AUGCGAUUCCACUGGGGCUGCUUCGGCGCACGCUCGGCCGAGCCGCGAGAAGGUAGCUCCGAUACCGAGGAAUCCUGGAAGGAGCCUUGGAAGGAGGAGGAUGACGACACGAUCGAACCGCCGCGCGCGGCCCGGCGGACGUCCCUCGGGUUCCUCCCGCGAGUCACAGAGCUCGACGGAAGCCCCCCGCUGGGGUCAUCACAAAACAGCGACAGCAGCCGGUCGCCGCCGCGCCAGCGGGCGUCCGGCGACGGAGCGCGCUGCGCGCGGAGCCGCGCGGCCGCGCACCGCGGCGCGAACCUCCGCGACGUGGCGUCGCGCUGGACGCUCGCGCGCGACUCUACACACACGACGCAGCCAGAUAGGGAGUCCGGGCGGCGAACGACGUUCCAGGGCUGCUCGCAGCGGGAGUGGUGCCGCUCGCGCUCCCGCGACACCACGAGCCUCGACUUCGGCGCCGCGCCCCCGGCGCGCCCGCUCGGCGCGAAGCAUGAGUCGACAAAGGAUCUGAGAGGGCGCGACCUGCGGAACGUGCUGUCGGGCGGAGACGUCCCCGUGCGGACGAUCGCGCGGCCGUCGUGCCCGGGCGCGCUGCGCAUGCCGAACAAGGUGCUCGCGACGGAGCCGGACGCGGUGUGGCGCGUGGUGCACGAGCGCAUCGGGCGGACGUCGCUGCCGGAGGGCGGCGCGUCGCCGUCCGGCGCGGUGGCGCCCGCGGGGCCGCGCCUGUCGCGCGACUCCCAGACCGGGCGGCGCUCGUCGUCGCGGACCUCCUCGCUGCUGCCGCCCGACGUUGCGCGGAAGCUCCGGGCGACGCCCAACUCCAUCGAACUCCUGGCGCGGUUCUGA